AGUAAACAAACCAGACCGAAUAGUUGGCAUCAAGACGCUCACGAGACCUGUCCUGGAGUGUUGUGACGGCUUGUGCAGGUGUGACGGUACCUGGCAUGCCUGAUCUUCACUUCUUUAGUUGAGGCCAUUAAGACGGUUACCCGUGCAGCGCCAUGGCUGAGGUGCUGGGACAGAGGAGCUUAUUGGGUUUUGGUGUGGUAUUGGCAUGGCUUGUGCUGUUCCACCUACUGGUCAACAUCUGGCUGCUGUGUGUGUUCACCAGCCUGCUCUUGGUGCUGAGUGGCUGGCUCGGCUCACAGACUGUUCUGGAGUCCAACAGUGUGGUUCACCUGGAGAGAUUUAUCAGCUGGGAGCAGGUACUGCAGUCUGAGAAUGAUGAAAAUGACUUGGACCAGGAGAUCCACAGCACAGUGAAGAAAAUCAUCAGAGACUUUGUCACCUCCUGGUACUCCACUGUGUCCUCUGAGAGUGCUUUUGAAACAGAGAUUCAGGAAGCUAUGAUCUCUAUGGCCAUGAACCUGAAACUGCGAGCAAGAAACACUGAUAGGAAGGAACUGACCCAGAGGAUCCUAGAUCUGUUUGGCUGCCACCUGCAGGACUACACCAAAGCCAAGGAACUAGUGAACAAGCAGCAGAUGUCUCUGACAGCAAAUCAGAGCAAUGAGAAUGAGCAGUUGUGGAAGGCUUAUUCCAGUGUUAGCGCCUUGCCACCUCACCUCGCCAUGACCAGUGAGACAGUGGAAGUCAACUAUGUCAGAGCAGUCGCAGAUAUGUUGCUGCACAUUUUAGUGCCUUCACCUCACUUGGAAACCCGCACUGGACGGUUUGUGGUCGGAGAACUCAUAACCUGCAAUGUCCUGCUCCCUCUCAUUGCUAAACUGUCUGACCCUGACUGGUUAAAUCUCCUCAUAAUUAAAAUAUUUGCCAACCAACUGCAGGAGACAACAGAACCACAAAAUUCAUCCCUACUGUUACUGUCUCCACCUACCGAAGCAGAGCUUGCUCCAGUACCACAGACAACACAUGUUCCUCAAAAGAACAGCGAAAUUCCUCCGCAGAGAGCAGAGACUGAAACCAUCAGUGACACAGAGUCUACCGUGCCCAUGCCUGCUGCCAUUGAUGUGACUGACUCUGAGGAGGUGGACUUUCCACAAAACAACGCUGAAGAAGAUGAAACCACUCGACCCUUUUUAAGGCGCUACACGAGAGGAAGCAAGUCAAAUCCAUUUUACCAGGAAAAUGACUCUGACCCAGAUUCUCCUUUGGCUGAUUUUAAACAGAGUUCCAGCGAUUCUUUGGUCAUGAUAGGGCAAGAUGAUAGUCUGUAUGACAGACAGAAAGACUGUGCCACAUCUGUUGAGACCAACAAUGGGAUGGACUUAGAAGAUGUUUGCCAUAGUCCAGUGGAUGGCCCAUGCCCCAAAGUCCUGGUGAGCUCAGAAUCAGUUGAGCAUUCCAAUGGCUGUGGCCCAUCAUCAGUUAGGACAGCAGAGGGGGCUCCCAGUAUCAGCAGCCUUCCUUCCUUGGAGAGGGACGGUGGUUCCCAUGCAGUAAAUGCCAACAGAGACCUCCUUAUGGGUGUAGAACAGAGUGGGAUAGGUAGUCCCAAUGAGCUGAGUGUAGUCAGUCCAUUGCAGGGCUGUUCCUCAAUGCCCACAUUCAGCUUUGAGCCCCUCAGCAGCCCCGAAGGACCCGUCAUCAUCCAAAACCUCCGCAUCACUGGAACCAUCACAGCUAAGGAGCACCGAGGCACUGGCUCACAUCCCUACACUCUUUACACCAUCAAAUAUGAGACAGCAAUGGCUUGUGAGAACCCAGGAAGCAUCCAGCCAGGCUUUGAGGAUGCUGAAGCCGUACAGGCGGGCUGUGAGCAUCCAUCUCCUGCUCAGUCCAUAGCCUAUCAUAUGGUUAACAGGCGAUACAGUGAGUUCCUCAACCUGCAAACGCGGCUAGAAGAAAAGACAGAACUACGGAAACUCAUCAAAGGUGUAAAAGGUCCAAAGAAAAUAUUUCCAGACAUGCCAUUUGGAAACAUGGACAGUGAUAAGAUAGAAGCCAGGAAAGGCCUCCUGGAGACCUUUCUAAAGCAACUUUGUGCCAUCUCUGAAAUAGCCAACAGUGAGGAGAUGCAGGAGUUUCUCGCGCUCAAUACAGACGCCAGGAUCGCCUUUGUCAAGAAACCUUUCAUUGUGUCACGCAUAGACAAGAUUGUGGUGAAUGCAAUCGUUGACACCCUGAAGACAGCGUUUCCUCGUUCAGAGCCACAGAGCCCUACAGAGGAUAAUGAAACAGAGGUGGAUGGAGGCAAAAUAUGUGCAGACAAGAAGAACAAAUCUCGUCUGAAGUUCUCCAGUAAAAACAUUCCCUUCAUGAACGGCUCAGACGUAAGACCUCCAGUUUUGUUCAGUUUGGACCAAACUAGCACAGUGUUUAGUGGGAUGUCUUUGGGAGAGUUGCAAGCUUUUAUCACUGAACAGGAGAAACUGACCAUGAGGGGUGAGCCAGAGAGAGACAUCUGUGCAGGAUUAAGAGAAUUUGGAGGCCAUCCGCAUCACAGCUUGAGGGUAAAGCAGAGUAAGGAACAUGGUCUCGGCACAGAAUCUGAGAUGGCGCUGGCUGAGGUGGCUCUGAACAUCCUGUGUUUGGUGAUGAAGGAGCAGUGGAGCUGGCUGUGCACUGAAAACAUUCAGAAGACCGUAAAGCUUCUGUUUGGGACCCUUAUUAACAGAUGGCUUGAUGUGAGUGUAUCCAACCUCACAUGUAUCAAGUAUUGGGUGGUGUACCUGCAGGUCAUCCAGGAGGCUGUGUGGCCAGGUGGAACUCUGCCAACUGCUCCGCAACUUGAACGCAGCCAGCAGCUAAAGGAUGGCACCAAACAACAAGCUUUACACUGUCUGAUGAGACUUUUACCAGAUCUAAUCUCAGAAAUGUUGGGCUCAGACAAGUACAGACUCAGCUGGCAGACUGUUCUGGACUCUUUUCAACACCCCUACAUCAACAGACACCUGGUGUAUUGCAUAUUUGAUCUUCUGCUGGAGUUCCUGGUUCCUGAAAUACCUGAAGAAAACUUCCAAAGAAGCCUGCUGCAAACCCUCUCCAAGAACCCAGAGAAGCUGCUGGCAUGAGGGGAGACAUAUG